AUAAAGAAAAAAAAGGUAAAAUAGAAAAGUUUUGAAUUUGAGUUGGUUUGUGUAAAUAUUCUAUUAUUAUACAACAACCACAAAUGUUUUCAGUUACACACAAAAAAAAAAAAAAACUGAUAAAACAUUUUUACAAUUUACAAUGCGUUUUUGGAAUGGACUCGACAAUUUUUUUUGAAUUGAUAACUCACAGAGAAGAAGGUACCUGCUAAACUCACAGAGCAUUGUUCUGCUACCAUGACCCUCUUAACCUACACUCCACCAUUAAUCGUGCGCCAACCCCCCUUCCUCCGUACCUCCGCCGUCGAAUUCCUUCGUACCCCGCCUUUUCCCGCCCUCCUCUCGCUGGAGCCUUCGUCCCCACUUCGCCUCCAGUUUCUCUACCGUGCUCCGAAUGUUCCCCGACACGCUUCCUUCCCCGUGUGUCGCGGCCUACCGAUUGUUGCCGGCGCUGAUUUGACGCAGGACGCCGUAGCUGUGGCUGCAGUACUCGCCGGUGCGUACGGACUCGUAUCUACCUUUGACAGUCUAACUGGGCGAAAUCUCAUUCAACAGAGUUUAAGCAGAAAACUAGUUCACAUAUUGUCCGGGUUGAUGUUCAUGGUUUCAUGGCCAAUUUUUAGCACUUCAACCAGUGCUCGAUACUUUGCUUCAUUGGUUCCUAUGGUGAAUUGCUUAAGGCUUCUUGUCCAUGGCUUUUCGUUGGUUGAAGAUGAUGGACUCAUAAAAUCUGUGACUCGACAUGGAAACCCCGAGGAGUUGCUUCGAGGUCCUUUGUACUAUGUUAUUGUGUUGAUCUUAUGUGCUCUUGUCUUUUGGCGAGAGUCUCCAGUAGCCGUGAUCGCAUUAUCAAUGAUGUGUGGUGGGGAUGGUGUUGCUGAUAUAAUGGGCAGAAGGUUUGGGUCUGCAAAGAUUCCUUACAACCCAGACAAGAGUUUGGUGGGUAGCAUAUCAAUGUUCGUCUUUGGAUUCCUGGUUUCUGUCGGGAUGCUGUACUAUUUCUCAGCUCUGGGGUAUUUCAAUUUGGAUUGGCCCUCAACACUUCAAAGAGUGGCUCUGGUGUCUAUGGUGGCAACAGUGGUUGAGUCUCUUCCAAUUUCGAAUGUAGUGGAUGACAAUCUAUCUGUUCCAUUAACGACCAUGGUAGCAGCGUAUUUAAGUUUCAAUAUUUAGCUGUGUUUACUGUUAAUACUGCUUGUAUUUAAGUUUCAUGUACAUAUAUAGAUUUUCACCUCUUCAUCAUGGAUGGGAUGGGCCUUGUCUAUAAACCACAAACAAACCAUAUGUAUCCCUUCAUGAAUUAGUCAAACAAAUUAAGAUGCUGGCCUUAAAACAUGAAAUUGAUCGGUUGAUUUCAAAGCUGUAA